AGCUUCGCACAGGUGUCGGUCUUGGUGCCGACACAUUAGGAAGUGUGUUGUAAAGAGAGUAGCUGUCAAGAUGUCUGACAAUGAAGAACAAGAACAGACUAUCGCUGAGGACUUGGUUGUCACCAAGUACAAAAUGGGAGGUGACAUCGCCAACCAGGCCCUGCGCAUGGUGAUUGAGGCGGCCAAGUCAGGGGUGUCUGUGCUCAGUCUCUGUGAAAAGGGAGAUGCUCACAUCAUGGCAGAAACUGGCAAGGUCUUCAGGAAGGAAAAAGACUUGAAGAAAGGAAUUGCCUUCCCCACCAGCGUCUCAGUCAAUAACUGUGUUUGCCACUUCUCUCCCCUGAAGAGUGACCCUGACUACACACUUAAAGAUGGAGAUCUGGUCAAAAUUGAUCUUGGAGUCCAUGUUGAUGGCUUCAUCUCAAAUGUGGCUCAUAGCUUUGUUGUGGGAGCUACCAAGGAGGCGCCAGUGACGGGGAAGAAAGCUGAUGUGAUAAAGGCAGCUCAUCUGUGUGCGGAGGCAGCCCUACGUCUUGUCAAGCCUGGCAACCAGAACUCAAAGGUGACAGAGGCUUGGAACAAGAUCGCUCAGUCAUUCAAAUGCACAGCCAUCGAGGGUAUGUUAUCUCAUCAGCUGAAGCAACACGUCAUCGAUGGAGAGAAAACCAUCAUUCAGAACCCCACAGACCAGCAAAGGAAGGACCAUGAGAAGGCAGAGUUUGAGGUGCACGAGGUCUACGCUGUUGAUGUGCUGAUCAGCACUGGUGAAGGGAAGGCCAGGGAUGGAGGCCAGAGGACCACCAUUUACAAGAGGGACCCCAGUAAGCAAUACGGGCUGAAGAUGAAGACCUCCCGCAUGUUCUUCAGCGAGGUGGAGCGACGCUUUGACGCCAUGCCCUUCACUCUCAGGGCGUUUGAGGAUGAGGCCAAAGCCCGCCUGGGCGUGGUGGAGUGUGCCAAACACGAGUUACUACAGCCUUUCAGUGUGCUCAAUGAGAAGGAGGGAGAGUUUGUGGCCCAGUUUAAGUUCACAGUGCUGCUGAUGGCCAACGGCCCCCAUAAAAUCACCAGCGGACCCUUUGAGCCAGAGCUCUACAAGUCAGAGCACGAGGUGCAGGAUGCAGACCUGAGGACACUACUACAGAGUUCAGCCAGUCGCAAAACACAGAAGAAGAAGAAAAAGAAGGCCUCCAAGACUGUGGAAACCACUACUGGACAGUCAACCGAGGAGAGCAACAAGGCUGCAGAGUAGAUGCCUACCUGUCUUCAGCCACACUGACACAUACACACACACGCACACACACACCAUAUAACAAACUUAGAAAGUGAAUCUAAAUCUUCCCCAACUGUUAGCUCUUUUUGACCCUCAUGUCCUUUUCUAGUAUUUGGCCCAUUGAAUACAUCUGAUAGAUUUGGAGUUGAGCCUGUUUGGAAUGCUCUCAAAUCUGUUUUUGUUUUGUUUUUUUGUAGCCAUUCAGUUGAAUCUGGAGUCUGAAGAAGAGUCACAUCCUUGUAACACAUAUAUAUGGAGUUUAUUUUCCAUUGAUACUUAACUGGAGUAUGAGAUUGGGGAAACACAUUUUUGGAAUAUGAUGGAUAAAAAACCUUUUCUAGCAUUGUGUUUUUACACCUUAUCGUUAGGUGAUGUACCUGACUUCAGAAAUGUUGCAAUCUAUAGGUGAAGUGUUAUAAACUUUUUAAAUUAAAAAUGUCAAAACAAAUUAGAAGUUUUGUUUUGAUUAACUCAA